GUCUGUCACCCAAACAGCUGAUAGCGAGCGAAACGAGUCUCUCUCUCUCGGCAUCAUGGCUGCCAAAGACAACAAGCCCACGUGCCCUUCCUACAAUGAUGGAGCUGCGUACUUUGACAUGGGGGAACACACCCUGCGGAUCCCCAUGUCACUGCACACUGAGAACCGCCGCCGCCUGCAGGAGAGGCUGAAGGCACGGGGGCUUGGUGGCGGCGAUGUGGUGCUGCUUCAGGGCGGCAGUGACUCCACACGCUACUCUGGUGACGCUGAUAAUGUUUUCCAGCAGGAGCCGUACUUCCACUGGGCAUUUGGGGCGCUGGAGCCUGGCUGGUAUGGGGCUCUGGACGUGGCUUCAGGCAGGGCGGUCCUCUUCUGCCCCAGACUGCCUGAGGAGUAUGCUACAUGGAUGGGCCGCAUUAGGACGCCCCAAGAGUACCGCCAGCGCCUUCAGGUGGAUGAAGUGCGCUAUGUGGAUGAGAUUGCCGACGUACUGAGGGAGAUGACGGGACAGGCUGGGACACUGCAUACCCUGCGCGGCGUGAACACUGACAGCGGUAAGACAACACUGGAGGCUGCCUUUGAUGGAAUAUCCAGAUUCAACGUGAACAAUACACUACUACAUGACGAGAUUGCGGAAUGCCGAGUGUACAAGACCAAGGCCGAGAUAGAGGUGCUGAGGUUUGCCACACGUGUGUCAGCCGCCGCUCACUGCAGUGUGAUGCGCAAGAUCCGGCCCGGCAUGAAGGAGUACCAGCUGGAGGCAAUCUUCCAGUACCACAGCUACUACCACGGGGGAUGCCGGCACCAAGGCUACACCAACAUUUGUGGUUCAGGGUGCAACGCUGCCACGCUGCAUUAUGGGCACGCUGGCGACCCAAACCUGAGGACUGUGGGUGAGACGGACAUAUGCCUCUUUGACAUGGGAGCUGAGUACUAUGGUUAUACCAGCGACAUCACCUGCUCCUUCCCGGCCAAUGGCAAGUUCUCCAAUGACCAGAAGCUGAUUUACAAUGCAGUGCUGAAGGCAUCCAAAGCAGUGAUGGCAGCAGUGCGUCCUGGCGUGUCCUGGGUGGAGAUGCACCGCCUGGCUUACCGCAUGAUGCUGGAGGCCCUCAAGGAAGGUGGUGUGGUGCAGGGGGAUGUGGACAAGAUGAUGGAGGUCAAUCUUGGCUCCGUGUUCAUGCCACAUGGCCUGGGUCACCUGAUGGGGUUGGAUGUGCACGAUGUGGGUGGCUACCUGGAGCAGUAUCCACCUCGCCCCACACCUGCUGGCUUCCGUUCUCUGCGCACUGCCAGGACUCUGGAAGAGAACAUGGUGCUUACUAUUGAGCCAGGGUGCUACUUCAUUGACCAUCUGCUGGACCAGGCACUAGCCAACCCUGAGCAGGCACAGUUCCUGGUACCUGAAGCCAUCGCUCGUUUCCGUGGCUUUGGGGGAGUAAGGAUUGAGGACGACAUCGUGAUUACAGCUGAUGGGAUGGAAGACCUGGCUGGAGACACCAUCCCUCGCACGGUGGAAGAAAUUGAGGCACUGAUGGCAGAGGGUCAGCAGGAAGAAGUGCUUGUGCCUCAACUGCAUGCCCAACAGAAGCUAGACCAGUAAGGUGAUCCUGCCUACUUGAAAUCAUACUCAGGAUUCCUUGGCCAGUAAGGUGAUCCUGCCUACUUGAAAUCAUACUCACGAUUCCUUCACACUACAUUGCUGGCAUUAUUGGAAUGAUUAUCCUUAUAUUUUUAACUGGAGGAUGGCAUGGAGGAACAAGGCCAUUGUAAGGGUAUAGAUGAUUUAAGUACUAAAGCAGAGUAGCAUAGCAACCUUAUCAGUCAGUCCAUGCUACAUUUGUACUCACAAAGUAAUUCAAGAAAUACCCUGCCAAUGCACUCUAGUGUUAAGUGCCAAAUCCAGUCUUUCAUUUAUUCCAGGGAUAUGUACUUACUAUAUGCACUACAAGUAUUACUUUAUACAACUACCUGGUGCUCAACAGUUACAAAGUCAUGCGUGUGGGAAAUGUUUUUGUCUGUCUACAGUCCCAUUAGUUCACUUGUGCCAUGAAGCUUUGAUCUUGGAAAAGAAGUUUGGCAUGCAAGUUGCAAGAAGUCCAAACAAGUGAAUACAGGCUUCUUAAAGGUUGUGAACACAUUAAACUGUUAAUGUACACUCGUGCAAAAAUGUAUCCUUACUUCAGUAAUGGCACCAAUUUUAACUAUGGAUGAAAACAAAACUGAUGUCUGAGCCUGCUGUGAUGCACAACAUAUACUUUGUGAAGUUUUACACUGCAGUUACACAGAAACUGCUCAAAUUACUCUUACAUUGAAAUUACUCAAGUGUUUAAAAUGUUUACAAGAGUAAGGAUACAUUCUGUGAUUGUCAUUGUAUUGUACUGUGCUCCUGUAGCUUUCAGUUUAACAUAGGGAACACUGCAAUGUUUUACUUGCAGUGACCCUCAGAUGAGCAAACUGUGAUGCAUAUUUUGGAAUACUGAGAUUGCAUAUUUUGUAAUAAAUGUGGGGUUUAAACUGGUCAAUAAAAAAAAGCAAUUAACA